GUGAGAAAGUUGGUUCCUUUUUGGUUCAGGACUUGUGGGGUUUUUGCUCAACUUCCAUUGUAAUGCUAAGGAAUGAUCAUUUGGGAAUUGAGUAUUACUGUGUCUACUAGCACUACAUAUGUUUCGGAGAUUAGGAUGGCUUGUGGGUCUGAAUCAAGAGAAUUGGUCAACCAAAAGGUUGCUUAAUGUUGACCAACCUGGCUCUGCUAGGCCAAAUCACCACCUGCCUGUGUUCGAUGCUGUUCACGAAGUUGCCAUUUAUAUUCAUAGGUUUCAUAAUCUCGACCUUUUUGAACAAGGAUGGUACAGAAUCAAGGUUACCAUGAGGUGGGAGGACGGUGAAGACUCUUAUCCCGGGAUUCCUGCAAGGGUUGUUCAGUAUGAAGCUCCUGAAGUGGGUGCUGACAAUUUAUGUAGAGUUUGGAUGAUUGAUAAUGCGGACAACAGUUUUUCAACACCGCCAUUCCAGAUUAGAUAUGCCAGGCAGGAUGUAUUUCUUUCUAUCAUGAUCUCAUUCUAUCUAUCUUUUGGUGGAUUUGAGGAGAAAUCCUCUGCUGUUAUCUUGAAGUUUGAGCUCUUGCACACUCCAACAUCUGAAAUUGGGCCUGAGUUAGAAAGCUCGCUGGAAGCAUGUGCAGCUUCAGUUCAUGAGUAUAGAAUCCCUCCUAAAGCUCUUCUGGGAUUGCAUUCAUAUUGUCCUGUCCAUUUUGAUGCUUUCCAUGCUGUCCUUGUUGAUACAACUGUUCAUAUCAGUCUACUAAAACCUGGUCAUCGCACACCCCAACUGAAGGUACCCAGUGAUUCUCCAGUUUCUGAAGGAACUUAUGGUGAAGACCAUAUUGGAUCAAACAGGGUUGUGCUCAUCAAAGCAUUGAUGGCUGCCCAUGAUACUCUGCUUGAAGACCUGAGAAGAAUAAGCAAAGGAAUUAACCAAGCUAUUGAUUUGACUGGAAUUACUUUUAAACCAGAUGCUACCAAGUCAUUCAAUUCUACUUCACCAGCACACAUGAAAAGUAUUGAUGGUGAAGCGUUACUUAAACAGUCUGAUGGGCCACAAGUCAAUGCUGAGAAAGCUUCUCAUUAUACCAAUCGUCUUACUGAGGAAUCAUUUCAAUCUUUUUCUUGGGAUGAUAUGUUAAACUAUUUCCAGUCUAUUGGGAAUCAGCUCUUAUAUCUCUGGAAUACAUUUCUGAAAUUCCACAGGGAAAAUAAAACAAAGAUACUGGAGUUUCUACGUAACUCAUGGGCUAGUGAUCGAAGAACUGAAUGGUCAAUAUGGAUGGUGUACUCAAAGGUUGAGUUGCCUCAUCAGUACAUGAGCAAUGGAGUUGAGGGGACAUCAUUGUACCGUGGCAUUCGUGGAAGAUCAUUAAGUACAAGGAGAUUAAAUGAUGAUCCUGUUCACACUGCAAUAAUGCGAGCCGAACUUCAUAGGCAAGGUAUAGCACAAAUGAAGAUCAACAAUCGGUCACUUCAAGACAUGUAUAUAUUUGGAGAUCCUUUGCGCAUUCCUAUUAUUAUUGUAGAACGCUUGGAAAACAUGUACCGUUCUGCCAGUGUGAAGUCAUACUUCAUUCCUUUGGAGGAGAAAACAAGAUAUAUGCUGGAAAAUGGACCUGGAGCAAUAAACAAGUCUGGAAAUAGCCAACAACGAAAUGUGCACGUUUUGAGAGUAGUUGUUUUUGUUCAUGGGUUUCAGGGACAUCAUUUAGAUUUACGGCUUGUUCGGAACCAAUGGCUUUUGAUAGACCCCAAAAUACAGGUUCUUAUGUCACAGACAAACGAAGAAAAAACAUCAGGAGAUUUCAGAGAUAUGGGAUUACGGCUUGCCGAGGAAGUGAUCUCUUUCCUGAAAAAGAAGAUGGAUAAAGCUUCAAGAAGUGGAAACUUAAAAGAUAUCAAGCUUAGCUUCGUUGGCCAUUCUAUUGGGAAUCUAAUUAUCAGAGCUGCUUUAGCAGAAAGCAUCAUGGAGCCAUAUCUAAGAUACUUGUAUACAUAUGUUUCUAUAUCUGGUCCGCACUUGGGUUAUAUGUAUAGUUCGAACUCUAUAUUCAAUUCAGGGUUGUGGCUCUUGAAAAAGAUUAAGGGCACACAAUGCAUCCAUCAACUAACUUUUACAGAUGAUCAUGAUCUUGAGAACACCUUCAUCUACAAUCUCUCGAAGAAGAAGACACUGGAAAACUUCAGGAAUGUGAUUCUUUUAUCCUCACCUCAGGAUGGUUAUGUUCCAUACCAUUCUGCCAGAGUAGAACUGUGUCCAGCAGCUGCUUCGGAUUUUUCUAAACAAGGGAAAGUCUUCUUGGAGAUGUUGAAUAAUUGCUUGGACCAAAUUCGAACACACUCUGACCAUCGUGUGGUCAUGCGUUGUGACAUUAACUUUGAAACCUCAUCGUACGGCAAGAGCUUUAACACACUCAUUGGACGGGCUGCUCAUAUUGAAUUCUUGGAGUGUGACAUUUUUGUCAAGUUCAUUAUGUGGUCUUUCCCAGAGCUGUUUUGUUAAGAAUUCAGGUUGACACAAAGACUUCCACAACAGUGAAAUUAUUGAAAACAACACUGCAGAGUGUUAAAAACUGUUCAAUAGAUGCCAAAUACAA